AUGAUCGUCACCGCCGUACCGCCGGGCGCCGCGCUGCGCAGCGGCGACGGCGAGCUCCAUAGCAUCGCAUGGUCCGACGCGCCAGCCUACACUUCCGAGCCGGAGCUGGUUCCGCCCACCGGCCCUCUGUGCGUUGUGCACCGCGACGAACACUGUGUGGUCGUCGAGAAGCCAGCCUACCUGCCGACGGAGAACACAGAGCGCAUCAAGGACUCGGUGCGCGCUCGCGUCGAGGCGCUCCUCGGCGCGGAUGCUGACGUGCGGAUCCCGCACCGGCUCGACUGGGAGACGUCUGGCCUCCUCGUGCUAGCCCUCGGCAGCGAGGCCAUGCGCUCGCUCUCGAUGCAGUUUGCGUCGCGGACGGUGCGCAAGUCGUACGUGGCGGACGUCGUGGGCGCUCCUCCCGCGAGGCUCGGCACGGUUCGCCUUCCGCUGUCGAGCGACCCCGACCGCAGGCCACGGCAGCGCGUCGACUUUGGCGCGUCCGGCAAGCCCGCGGUCACCGAGUGGGCCGUCGAGCGCAGCACGCCGCACGCGAGUCGGCUCGUGCUGCGCCCAGAGACCGGCCGGCGGCACCAGCUUCGCAUGCACUGCCUCGCGCUGGGCUGCCCGAUUGCCGGCGAUGGCCUCGGCGGCGGCACCGCCCACGCCGAGGCCCAGGAGGCUGGUCCCGCCCGCCACCGGCUGCACCUCCACGCGGCGGAGCUGGGCUUCACGCACCCCGUGAGCGGCGAGCCGCUCCACUUCCGCUCCUCGCCGCCCUUC